UCGUUAUCUAAAGUACCCGAGUACCGGCCGUUCCGAUUCCGACUUCCGAUUUUAAUACUAAUUUUUAUUCUUAUGAAACAACCAAAGAAUUGUUGUGUUAGAUCAACGACGAAACCGUCUAUUUAAUAUUUAUUACUGUAGUAUGUUAUAUUCUAUUAUACCGAACAAAACAGUAGAUUGAGUAUAACGGUUAAAGGUAACUAUCGUCUAUCUACUCUAUCUUAUUGCUUACAGUUAUUUUUUCCAACUACUGUCGUUUAAAUGAGAUAUUGCUUCGAUAAACGGAUUGUGAACACAUAAUAUUAAUGUCGAAAACCGCAGAGAAACUUACUGUUAAUGCCCACAUCUGAGUGCAGAAAUAUGUGAAAAACUUUAUUUUAUAUAUGAUUAUGUGCUCAAAUAAGCAUCUUUAUUUUAUGAAAACAUCAGAACGGCUGUUUAGCUUUAUUUUCAAAGAAACUCGUGAAAUAAACAUGUCUUCAUCAUUAAAUAUAAAAGGUUAUAUAUGGGUCGUAGACACUGCAAAUAUAGCGUUGUAUAAUAUGAUUAGAUUUGUAAUCAAAACAAUCAAUAAGAGGACGUCGAUAUUUUAAUCCUAAGUUUAAACAGCAUUUGUUCUAGAAGAAAAAUAUUUUGAUCAUUAUUUUUAGUGUGAUGGAAAAAAGAGAGUGGCCACUAUUUGUGUAUGGUGGUCUAUCAUCCUGUAUUGCUGAAUUUAGUACUUUUCCUAUUGAUACAACCAAGACUAGACUGCAAGUUCAGGGGCAAUUGGAUGGACAGUUCAAUAAAAUUAAAUACCGUGGAAUGGUCGAUGCUUUUUGUCAAAUUUAUAAGCAAGAAGGUUUCUUAUCGCUUUAUUCUGGAAUUAGUCCUGCUUUAAUCCGUCAAUCUACAUAUGGUUCAAUUAAAUUCGGAACAUAUUAUACAUUAAAACAAGCAACUAAUGAAUAUCUACAAGUGACCGAAGAUGUAGCUGUAAAUUUUGGGUGUGCUAUAUGCGCUGGAAUAAUAUCAGCAUCUAUUGCUAAUCCUACUGAUGUGCUUAAAGUCAGACUUCAGGCUUUGGGUCGAGAUAAAACGGGAAUUUUUUUAAAUACUAACGUUUUUAAAUGUUUUCGUUACAUUUAUGUACAUGAAGGAAUCAAAGGUUUAUGGAAGGGAGUCGGACCAACGUCACAACGAGCUGCAAUUAUUGCAGCUGUUGAAUUGCCAGUAUAUGAUUAUUGUAAAGACAAGUUGAUGGAAGUUUUUGGAAAUCAUAUAUUCAAUCACUUAAUUUCAAGUCUUAUAGCUAGUUUUGGAAGUGCUGUUGCAUCUAAUCCUAUUGAUGUUAUAAGGACUAGACUGAUGAACCAGAAAUAUAAUAGAAAUACUCAGGCUGUUCAACAGCACAUCUACAAAGGAAGUAUUGAUUGUUUAAUAAAAACUGUGAAGUAUGAAGGAGUUCUGGCACUGUACAAGGGUUUUAUUCCCACUUUUGUUCGAAUGGGACCUUGGAACAUAAUAUUUUUUGUGAUUUAUGAAAGACUGAAAACAAUCUAAGUUUUAAGCCUAUUGAAUUUAAAUAAUAUAGAGUAUCCAUUGAGUUAAACUUAAUUGUUAUCAUCUAUUUAAUAUAUGAGUGUUUCAUAUUUUAAUUGUAAUAUAAAAAUAAUAAAAGACAAAUU